UCAGCAGGACGGCGCUGGGGGGAGAGCGGAGGGACAGCCACCGUCCCAGGUCCCCCGACUGAGCUGUAGGAGGCCGGGGGGCGUGCAGCCCCCUCGCCCUGCCCUCGCUGGGCAGCAGGGGGAGAGCGCCGGGCCCGGGGGCACGGCGAGCCCCCGGUAGAUGGCACGCACGGGCCCGGCGAUGGGGAGAAACCCGAGACGGGCAGACACUCCCUCGGAGCAGGCAGGGGCCGAGCAGGAACCAGGAAACACCGGCUCGCCCCGGCCAGGGAACGCUCCAGCCUCAUGGAGGCGGCAGCGCCAUGGGCAACCUCUGCAGCUGCGGGCGAGCCUGGAAUUGUCCUUCAUCAUUUAAAAGAAAGAAAGAAAAGCAAGGAACUAAUGUGAGACAUGAGAGCCAACAGCAUCAGCCUGACAGGAAGGCUCCAACAUACGAAGAUGUCCCAGAGUUUCCUGUCUACGCCACCGUGAGUAAACCCAAGAGCGUGAAGCAGGAUGACAGCAUUCAUUACGCAGACAUCCAGGUGUUCACCAAGGUCCGGGAACGCUCUGCAGCAGAGGUGAAGAACUUACAAAUGCAGAAUGCCACAGAGUAUGCCACCCUCAACUUCCCCCGGCCCAGACUGAAAUAUGACAGUAAGAAUGGGACCUUGGUAUAAAAGGUUUGAUGGCCCCCUCCUCCUUCAGCAGCAAAAGGAUUUCACAGACUUAGAGAUGCUGUAGAUGCAAGGUAACCUCAUGGACAUGUCAAGUCUCCCUGAGAAAGUGCAGAGAAGACUGUGUCUUCCAUCUGCAUUUCUCUUCAGAGGACACAGACUUAUUCAUUCUCACAUGAUGAGUAGUUUCCCAUCCAAUUCUGCUGACGAAAAACAUCUCUUCCCCUCGGAAGAGUUGCCCCUGAAGCUGGCAGCCCAUCUCCUCUCAGCACUGUGAGAAGGCAGAGCUGCUUCUUGGCUGAUGAAGGCUAAAACCGCAGCAGAAAGUUCCUGCUGUGGCACAGGACCAGCUGAGUGCUGCUCCGCAGCUGGAUGUGGGAACACUGGCGUCCAGGAUUCAGUCCUGGGACAACAGAGAUGUUGCCGCAGGAUUUUAUGUCGAUGUUAAGAAAAUUCUGCGGUGUGCCGAAUGACAUGUGGGUGAUACUGUGAAGAAAUGGCAUAAAAGCUCUAACAGUAUCUACUGCCAUGUCUUCCUCCGACACCUACCACUGUAACUGCAGUCGUGCACUAUGUGCAUCCCCUUUUCCCAAAAAGCAGUGUUCCAUAACUAUGCACAGCACACUACAACCAAGGUCAGAAAUGCACAAUUAACUGAGGGGUACGGAAUAAUUCCUUUUCACUGAAGGGCUGUACAGAUACGUAUCCUUACAUACACAGAAGUGAGUAGUGAGCUCUUGUCUCUGACUGGAAAUGAAACAAGGAAAAUUGGCAAUUUAACUGCGAGGCAGCCAGUUAAAAGUCACUGCCUAUAUUUAGGGCAGUUAUCCAGUCCUUAAGAGUACAGCAGCUGUCUACAUGCCUGAGAUACUGGGAAUGAAUCCUGGUCAACUUUAGAGGGCUUUGGACUUUUCCACCAUUUUGUCUUAUUUCAUACUGUCAGCCUUAGUUAUAAACCCCAGCAACAAAGAGAAAGCACCACGUGGUGUUUUCUGCUGCUUCUCUCAGACACACCUUUGAGAGUUUGCUUACGGAUUUAAAAUAGUGUUAGUAAUACAGUAUAGCAAUUGUCCAAAAGGCUUCUGCCACUGCUCUGGGUUUGGCAGUUGCAGCACUGGCAGUUAACAGGGCUCCCAGGCAGUAUCUUCAGGCAUUAAAUCAAUGCUUGGCACGUUCUGUUCCUAAAUAAUGGUCUGCAUAGCUAAAUGGAGAUCGUGGGACAACCUGUUUUAUUGCCAGUGUUUUAAAAAGGACAUCCUGAUACAUUUUUUAUACAUACAUAAUUUUGCAUAUUAUGGCUCAGUUAAAUGUUAAAAGCAUGAAGGAAUUCCUGCUCAUUACAAAAAAAAAUAAAGCUGGUAUGGGCAGUGUUUGCUAAGAUGGAAGUGUUUUGAGGACCAGUCCUAUAAUUUUUCUACCUUGUUGCCCAUGUUAUUUGGUAGACCUCAGCAGGGCUAUUGUAAGACCAGAGAAACAUUUGCAGGAGAAGCCCCCUUUUUUAUAAUGGAUACAGUAUAUUUUUCUACCUGAAAAGGGUUUCUUUGCCUAUGCUAUCCAGCUGACCUCAGCAGGACUAUUGUAAGGUCUGCCGUAGAAGGCCCUUCAUUUAUAAUGGGUACAGGAUUAUGUUAGUGGCGGGGCUGUUUGUUUUGAGUGCCAAGGAUUCCUCUCUCUGCUCCUCCAAGUUCCUUUCUGUACUCCACACCCAGCAUGAAAACCCGUCCUUUGGACCGAGGAGGUUCAAACGGGCACAUGAUUUACUUGGAGGAGCACGCGAGGGAGCCGUGGGAUGCUCCAGCCCUCAGCUCUGCUAGCCCAGAUGUGGGUCACAUACCUCCUUGCACUGAAUUGCUGAGGAACUAGAAAGGGACACUGGCAUUAGUUCUGGUGAAGCCCUCCACAUCACAGGAAGAACCCGGAUUUUUUAGAAACAUGGUUAAAUAUGGAGUGUUCAGGAGAUGGGAGGUUUUCUAGCAUGUGCAGACUCCCAACAGGUCAUUUUAAAAACCAGUUUAAGUGCAAAAGCUUGUUCUUGCUGUGGCAUGCACAGCGUGCGGUACUGAAGAUGUCCUCGCCCAGCGGGAGAGCUGGGCCGGGGGCCAGUGAGCUGGGUGGCCACCAGCCACCUGGGUCCCUGGCUGGCGCAAUGCGCACAUCCAUUACGUUCAACCAAUUUUGCCAUGGACUGGAUUCGGCUCAGAGGAACUUGUUUUCCCUUGUCACAGCGCUUGGUUCUGUUGAUCGGUGCAUCCGUUGUCUGUAUUCCGAAGGAAGGGGAGCCACAGGGAAGUGUCUUUCCCUGUGUGCCUCCGAGCUGGAGUGAGCCUUCAUCUCCCGAGCUCCAGCGCUGCUGGGGCUGGGGCUGGCUCUGGAUACACCACACGUGGCAGAGACAAUGAAAUGCUACGCAGUGCAGGAAACUACCUGUCUACCUUGAGCAGGUCAAGCACGAAACCGCACACCCUGCAGUAAGGAUGUGUCCAAAGCGCUUGGGCUGGCGCUGUUGGAAACUCCCAGCAGUGUUAUCACCUGUUUCCCGAGUUCAUAAUGUUUGGGUGUUAAACGAGUGUUAAUGUAUCAGUUCUUUGAAUAAAGCUGCUGGGUUUAGUUUUAA